AUGGAAUUAGACGAAGAAGGCUGUCCAGAGAACACAAAUAGCAGGACAGACCAGGAAGAUGAGGAGGACGAAGCUACAAACAUAUAUAACAACAUGAAUUAUGCAAAUGAUAGUUUUGCAAUAAACAAUUCAAAUAGUGGUGGAAUAAAAAUAGGAAUAAAUAAAAAAGACUAUGAUAUAUAUAUUAGUCAACUAAAAGAUAAGAAUACAAAACAUUUAAUUAAGAAUAAAACAAAACAGACAAAAAAGUAUAGUACUAGUAAAGAUAAUGAUAUACAGUCAAUUUACUACGAAAUGAAAAUAUUAGAUGUUAAGACCCAGGAUUAUGAACAAUAUGAAAACGGUAAUCAUAAAGAUAUAAGUAACAAUAAAGAAAAUGAUUUUGACAAUUAUAGUAAUUUGUGUAAGUUAAAGAAUAAUUUACAUUUAAAUGAACAUAUUUUGUUAGAACAGAACGUGGAUGAUCAUUCAAGCAGCAUGGGGAAUACGAACACUGUAUGUCUAGCGGACAAACAAAGUAAGUUCACUAGUCAGAGGGGCGUUCAUCAAGAUUUAUGCGAUGAUAUGCAACACGAUAUGCACUACAAUUUUGACCACUAUUUAGAGGAUAAAGAAAUAGACUCCUUUGACAGAACAGCAUAUGAUGAAAAUUAUGAUCAAGCUAAUUUUUACAAAAUUGGAGAGUCGACAAAUUUUGAAGAAAACAAUUUCAUUGAUGUUAAUUCAAAUAAUGUGAACACGAAUGAGAAUGAAGAACUUACAUAUUUUAACCCAGUCAAUGCAAAUAGUGAUGCAACCGCAGUGGACAGAGGAAAUUCGAAAAUGCAUAUCAGUAGCAACAAUGAUAAGGAUACAAAUAGUAGGACUAUCAAUAUGCUAUACAAUGACAAAGAAUGUGAUAUACAGAACAACAUGCGUAAUUUGAGUUAUGUAAGCGCGUCUCUUACAAAUAGAAAUUUAUUCUUCAAUUUAAGGAAGAAGGACUGCGAAAUGAAUACCUUAAACGAUAAUGAUCAUGUUAAUGUAAAUUUUGAUAACAUGGAACAUUUAAAUAAAUCUCAAUUUCUUCCAGACACAUAUAGUCUUUUAAAUAAUACACAACUCGCUAAUAGAGUAAGCACCUUUUGUAAUAAUAUACAGAAAGAAGAAACUAGAGGAGAAUAUUGUGCUAAUAAUGAAGGUUCGACGAAUGCAACAUACGAAAUAAGAGAGGAUAAUUAUGACGAGCGGUAUACUUCUAGUAGUGUAAUCCAUGAGGAAGAGAAGAAGGAUGAGUAUAAGCAUGUGGAUGUAGAAAAAAUCGAACAUCAAACUGCUUCUAACAUAUUUCGUAAACAUAAUGUACCGUUAAAUGAAACUUCACAUAAGAAUAAGGAUUAUGAAAAUGGUGAAAUGAUUAUAAAAUUAAGUGAAUGUAGUAGGAAUAACACUAGUGAAAAGAUUAGCAAAAAAAGAAAAAGAAGAAUUGAUAAACUACGGUUAAGUGAGGAACAAAAUAAGAAAGUUCUUUGCAGAGAUAAAGAAGAGGAUGUGGAUAUAAAGGACCAUUCCCCAUUUGAUGGACCGUGUGAGGGUAUAGCCAGUACCCAGAAUCAUAAAGAAAUAAAUCAAAAUGAUAAUGAUUUGGUUAGUAGCAGUAUGGGAAGUAGCACUAUGCCUAGUAGCACCAUGGACAGUGUAACCAAUCAACAGGGAAGCAUUUUCCAAAAUAGCAUUAAUGCGGAAGAAGAGAACAUUUCUUAUACCAGUGACAGUAAGGACGAACAAAUGGGAAAUAAAUAUGAGCAUACUAUAUUAUACAAAGAGGAAAAAGUUGGCUUUGCUUAUGUAUCUGAUGUGGACUCGAAAAAAGGAAGCAGGCGAAAUAUGAAGAAAAAUAAAAUGAGUCCAAAUAAAAAUGGUGAACAUAAUAAUGAAGAGAAUGACGAGGAAAAUUAUGAUAAAAAUGAAAACGUGAAAUACAUCAAUGAGGAGGAUGUACAGGUAAACACUAGCUCUUCUGCUGUUCGUGAAGAGAUUACAAAUGAGCUAUUUAAUCGAAAUGAGGAUAAUAAAGACAUGGACAUAAAAGGAAAUGGUAGCAAAGGAAGUGCUAACGAAAAGUACAAUAAGCGACCGUUAAGAAAAGCUGCAAAGAAAUGUAUUACUCUGUGGUCAGAGGAACUAAAAAAAAAAUCAGAAAAGAGUCAUACUUUUGUGGACAGAGCGAAGGGUGUGGGGGAUUAUAAAAAAGAGGAGAGGUUGCUAAAAAGGAAGGAAAAGGAGAAGGACAUGAAGCAAGCAAAAAGUGGGCAAUCGAACGAGCGAAGUGAUAAUAAUGAUGCACAAGUGAGAGACCAAGCAAAUGAUCAUACAACAGACAGCGCAGGAGGCUGCGAAAAAAAGUCAAAUCCUGGUAAUCACGAUGAGUUAAAAAAUUAUGAACAAGGUAAGGAAAGGGAGUUUACCAGUUAUACAUCGAAUAUGUAUCAUAUGAAUAACAAUAAAGAGACAGAAACUAAUGAGGAAAAAAAGAAAAAGGAGAAUACAUCUUCCUCGUCUUCACCAAAUAUAUCAUCUUUACCACGGUCAGGCUCCUCAACAUUGCCAUCAUCAAUAUGUGGAGAUAAUAAUAUACCAAUAUUAUUUAAUGAAAAAAUGGAUGAGAGGGAAAUGUUCAAAUAUCUUGACUUGUUAAGGCAUUUACCAAGUAAAAAAGGUGGAGCACAAUAUAAAUUACACAAAGCUAUUCUUACAGAGGAAAUGGUGAAGAGAGCAAAAAAAUUUCCUCUUGUCCAAGGGGUAUAUUUUGAUAGAUACCAACAAAGGUGGAGUGUUAAUUGGAAUGAAGAUGGCAAAAGAGUAGCUAAAUAUUUUCCUAUUAAAUUAUUUGGGUUUGAUUAUGCUCGUAGAUUAGCUAUAUAUUGUAAAAAUUAUCAAAAAAUACCAGAAGAAGCUUUAAUUUUUGAACAGGCCUAUAGAGCUAAUCAGCAAAAUAAUAAAGUAAAAAAUGAUAGCAUUCAUAAUAGUAACACGAAUAAUAAUAAACUCAAGAGAGGUAACAAAAAGAAUGUUAAAAGGAGAAAUUCUAGCAAAAGUGGGGAUAGGAAUGAAGAUGACAGUUAUAAAGAACUAUGUAGUAAAAAGAGAAAAAAUAUUAGCACUUACCAAAACGACGAGAGUAGUUGCACAAACUUGAACGAUGAGAAUGAAUACAAUGACAACUAUACUAAAAUUCCAGGAAAUAUUACUUCAUAUUCUUCAAAUAAUUAUUCUAUGUUGAACAAUUCUUCUUGUUAUAUUCGUGAGAAUGUGGCUAAUUUUUUCAAUGAAUAUGAUAACAGCCUGAACAAGUCAGAAAAUAUCACUAAAAGAGUGAAAAUCGACAAAAGUGGGGAAAUAAAUGAUUCCAUCAAAUUAGAUAGCCUUGUGUCGAAUAAUCCAGAAAUUGGGAUGUGCAUAGAACAAAAGGAGGGCAUAACGUAUUUUAAAAAUUAUCAGGUAUGCGAACGUGAAGUUGUAGGUGAAGAUAUGGUUAAUGAUAUAGGUGAGGUAAAAUGCCCAUGCGACUCAGAUGGUCUAAAGGGUAAUAUAAUACGUAGUGGAAAUUUUGACGAAGACAGUAAUACACCCUGCAACGAAGCAAGUGCAUUAUGUUUGAAGCAGAAAUUCAACACGUAUAACUCAUAUGUUACUGUGUCCGAUGGAAGGAGUAAUAAUAGGAAUGCCGAUAGGAUGGACCAGUCCAUGCACAAUGUGUACAGUGUAGAUAUGGAAUUGGGGCUUCAAUGUACGAGUAAUGAUAGCGGAAGGGCGGUAAAUGGAUAUGUAGUUAACGGUGAUACAGUUAAUUUAAACUCUACAGCUAACGACGAGUCGCAUAAUGACUCGGUCGAAAAAUACUCUAAUGUGGUAUGCAAUGUGAACGGUGCGAAGAAUAGCACUAGUAGUGUGAAUAGUGGCAGUAGAGGUAGUUUGAACUCUUACGAAGAUUCACAGAAUGAAAAGCGCGUGACUGCUGACUUGAUGCAGGAAGUAAACUCAGAUGAAUGCUAUUCGGAGCUAGAAAAUGGAACCAAAAAAAAAAAAAAAAGGAAGCAGUCAAAAGAAUCGAAGCAUUCGAGUAAAAGAGUAAAUUUAAUAUGCGCUUCUACAGGAACGUUAUCCCUUAAAUCCUCUGCUUCCUACAUAUCGUCUACUUCUUCCUGUUUGAAGAAUACGGAAAAUUUAUCAUCGAAUGAGGUAAAUUAUGAUAAUAAGGAUAAUACUACAUACGAUAUCAAGGAUUUGAGAAAAUGUAAAAAGAGCCAAGUAUUAAAUAAGUGUAAUGAUAACAUAGAUAUCAGUCUGAGUUACGAAAUGAAGAAAAAGAGAAAGCAUUUAUUAGAACAGUAUCAUGAAUAUGUCAAUGAUGUGAACACAGUAGUGAAUAAGGAAUAUAGUAUACAUAAUGACAAUAAUAAUAACGUGAUAGAUAAAAAUGUUGACAAUAAUGAAAGUAUUACUAUUGACCCGCAAAAUAAUUCCAGUGUAAAGAAUGAAAAUGAUAAAGAUCCUUGCAAGAAGUUGGAGGAUAUAAAAAACAUGAAUAAGUAUAGCGAUACAGUAAAUUCUUCGUAUAAAACUAUUAGUGUUAGUAAUAAUAAACACAUGAAUAAUAUAAUUGAAAAAAGUGGAAUUAAAAAACUGGAGAUGAACAUAAAUGAAGGUAUAAAUAAAGAAAUUCAAGAUAGCAAUGUGGAUGAUAUUAAUUCAAGAAUAGUAGGUGUUCACUAUGACAGAAAACAAUAUAGAUGGAAAGCGACAUGGUAUACGUCUCAUGGGAGAAGAUGUGCAAAAUAUUAUCCGAUAAAACAGUACGGUUAUUUAGAAGCAAAAAAAAUGGCCAUAGAGUGUAGGAAGGCGUAUAACAUGUACAAGAAGCUGAAGAGGAACACAGACAGCAACGACAGUAGUGCCCCGAUUAGCACUACUAGCGGUAUUAACGGUAUUAGCGGAAUUAGCAACAUUAGGGGUACUAGUGGUAGCACGAACAAUAGUAACCUAAACAACGGAUGCAACAAAAGCAGCUGUAACGAAAUCAACUGUGACAUAAACUUUGAGAACUCUAUUUUUCCGAGGGAAUACUACAUAACCCUAUUUGAGAACGAUGAGAAAAAAGACGGCUAUUACUGGGAGAACAAAAAAAGUAAAAAGAAUAGUAAGAAAAGCGCUUGCUUAGAUAACAACGAAAAGCAGAGGAGGCAUUACAACGAAGCAUUGAAAAAAAUUAAUAAUAUUAAACUCAAAGAAGGUAAUGAUGGAACCGAGGAUGUAAGUAACAAAAGAGACAUGAACAAGUUUGCUACUGGUUCAACGCAUUGUAACAUAGAAAACAAUGCGAAUAAUCAAGCUCCUGUGGAGGUAUUUAUACCAGUCACAGAAAAUGUUACAUGUACUUCUGCUGCUAAUGCUACAAAAGAAACUUCAACACUAGCUGCUUCCAACAGUAGAUACAAUAAUGAAAACACAGAAAGUACUUCAACAUCUUAUGAAUAUGAUCAUCAAACAGGGACAUUCACAAAUUCCUUUUGUAAUAAUUUAUUAAAUAAUAAUGAUAUGGAAGCGCAUAAUGACUGUUCGGCGAAAAAUACGUCCUCCCUUUUAUCAUUGUAUUACUUGUCAGAAAAUAUUUUAAAAUUUCAAAAAGGAACUAUUAAAUGUAUUUUGCAAGAUUUAAGAGAUAACUGUUUAUCAAAUUUAGCAUAUGAGUUAAAAAAUAUUACAUUUCAAGAAUAUUAUAUGGCUAUUCAUUAUUUAAAUAGAUAUGUAGAUGACUCCAAUUGUUAUGAUGAUAUAUUUUUUCUACUAAAAAUUUUAGCAAAGAAUUUAGAAAUAAGGAAAAUACCAAGUCUAUAUAAUGAAGAAGAACAGAAGGAGUUUUUAAACUCUCUGACUAUUAUAACGAAACAGAUGAAAAAUAGUUAUGCUUAUUUUACGUCCACUAGUAAUAUUAUGAGUUCAGGGGAGCCUGACAGAUUUUCAUCUCUAAUAUUUCAGUAA